UCGGCGGAAAAGUGCUUCUCCAGGGGAAUCAGCUCGGAUGAGCGUCCGAAGCGGCCUCUGACGUCUUAUUUCCGUUUCGUGAAAGAGCAUCGUUCUGCUAUGAGGCAAAAAAAUCCAGAAAUGACCAAUACGGAGCUGGUUAAGAAAAUAGCAGGUGUUUGGAAGGAGUUACCAGCAUCACAGAAGCAGGUUUAUGAGGAAGCUAGAAAGACAGACUGGCAAAGAUACAAAGAGCAGCUGGCCGCCUAUAAAGCGCAGCUAACUCCAGCCCAGGCUGUGGCUUUGAAAGAAGAAAACAGAAGACGACUGGCAAAAAGAAGAUUGUUCAGGGUAAAAAGAGAAUUGACUGUGCUUGGAAAACCUAAAAGACCUCGUAGCGGCUUUAACAUUUUUAUGUCAGAAAACUUUCAAGAAAGUGAGGGAAUUUCACCUGUGGCAAAGCUGAAGCAAUUAUUUGAUGCGUGGCAAAAGCUGUCCAGUUCUCAAAAGCAGCCGUACCUGCAGCUUGCUGAAGAUGAUAAGGUUCGAUAUGAAAAUGAAAUGAAGUCGUGGGAAGCAAAAAUGCUUGAACUUGGGCGUGAAGACCUAAUACGUUCCAGUAAGCAAAGGCCAAAAAAGAAGACUGCUGAAACUGCAGAGCAAGCUGAAACAGCCAAAGCUUCUUUGGGUGAAAACAAGGCAAAAUUACAGUUGAAAAAAUCAGAAGAAUAA